CCUACAUCACUGCAUGACAACCAAUGGGACGGGUCGGUGAAAAACCAAAAUGUCAAAGGGAUGACGUUGUUGCUGGCGUAAGGCUGCAUUUUGAAGUCUCCUACUAAACGAGUGCAGUGGGAAUGGACAAGGAAGACACUCUAGCGCGCAGACAGACAGUGAGCACUGCUGACCUCCUCACACUGUUAGUUUGUCAGGAUCUGAAAUCAGAACUUCAAAGGAAGAUUUCUGGUCGUUGGCUUCUAUUUUCAGGCUGGUUCCAAACCCAAAGGCGAUUCUUGAUCAUAGGACAAGAGAGAGGACACAGCAUGCUGUCGUCCCUGAAGACCCUGCUGCUACUCUCCGUCCUGUGCGCACCGACCUCCAGCCUGUGCCUGCGCCUCUACCAGAGCCGCGCCGACCUCCUCUGUAACAACCAAAUGGCUCUGGGGGAUCCGAGCGAGGAGAGCGAUCCGGGCUAUUCCCCUGUGGACGCCUGGGCUUCCCUCCUGCAGUCCGCGGACUAUCUCUCCUCCUCCUCCUCGGGAGAGUCCAGUCGGGAAAAAAGGACUUCAAGUCCCGCAAACUACCGCUUCAUGAGCCGAACCAAGCUCAGGGGGCAGAUGCUCCGCAACAACAUCAAAGGGGACCGGAGGAGCAGACUGACCUUGUCCCUAGAUGUCCCGACCAACAUCAUGAAUGUCCUCUUUGACGUGGCCAAAGCCAAGAACCUGCGCGCAAAAGCGGCUGAGAACGCGCGGCUCCUGGCGCAGAUCGGAAGAAGGAAAUGAAAACACGGACAAACUUUUGUUUCAGCGCAGAAUGAAUAACUUCUCUUUCUUCGAAUAAACAGCGUUUUCUUUCUCCAGGGGAACAUUAAAACAUCCGCUCUAACAGGUGAAACCGUGUUAUAACUGCAGUGAUUCCAUGUUUGUGAGUUGUCUUUGUUGUUCAAAUCAAAGCGCAGCGUGGAGUCUUGCCUGAUCUAUGGCAUAACUGGGUGAAAUUACAUUAAAUGCAUUUUUUAAAUUCCUCCAACAUUUGAUGCGAUAUGUGAUAUCAGUCAAAAAGAGACAAUUUGAUAUAAAUAAUAACUGCCUCUUAAUUUCAGUGCGUUUUCGGUUUUAUGAUGAAGAUCCAAUUGGUUUGUAUUAUUUUCUUUUAACUCAUUUUAUUUUAAUAUAUAAUACACAUGAAUAAAUCCUUAAUGUUGCAAAUGUGUGAAGCACUGUUUUGAUAUAGUGCUAUACAAAUAAAGUCACCAGAUAUCCGUGGUUACUGUCUUAAUUGGAGACAAAAUAGUAAUCCACUGUUUGUUUGUUUGUUUUUGACUGAAAGAAUGCACACUUAUGACAGCAAAGUUAGAAAGUAUUGAAAUUUGGAGGAUUUUGCCUAUAAUUAGAUUUGGUGGUUAGCAGCAGCAUUUUUUUUUUGUUUCCGUGUUUUAUUAAAUGUUUAGUUUUUUUUUCUUUUGCUCAAAUGUCCCACAAAACAACUCUAACAGCGGCAAAGAAUAGAUGUAUUGAAAAUAAAGUGCUGUAAAAAUCACCUGCAAAGAUGACGAAAGCAGUAAAAUGCAAAUGCAUGUGAAUGUAUGUUGUCAUCAGAUGUCUCUUAUUUUUCUACUUUCCAAUAAAGGAUUAUUUUUCCUGAAAUAAAGCAGACGUAACUACAUACAACUGCCUGUUUCCAUACAAUAUAAAAGAACGAGAUAAUAAGAUAUUCUCGCAAAGCCCAAAAACAGAACUGUUAGGUUGAUUGAUUACUCUAAGGUUCAUUAGU